AUGGGUCCCGCCGUGCGCACAUCGUGCGUCGCGCCCGUCACCGCGCCCGCCGCUGUGCCCGCCGCUGCGACCGUCGCCGCGCCCACCGCCGCGCCCGCCGCCGCGCCCGACGCCGCGCCCGCCGCCGCGCCCGCAGCCGCGCCCACCGCCGCGCCCGCCGCCGCGCCCGCCGCCGCGCCCGCCGCCGUGCCCGCCGCCGCGCCCGCUGCCGCGCCCGCCGCCGCGCCCGCCGCCGUGCCCGCCGCCGCGCCCGCCGCCGCGCCCGCCGCCGCGCCCGCCGCCGCGCCCGCCGCCGCGCCCGCCGCCGUGCCCGCCGCCGCGCCCGCCGCCGCGCCCGCCGCCGCGCCCGCCGCCGUGCCCGCCGUUGCGCCCGCCGCCGCACCCGACACCGCACCACCCGAUACCGCGCCGCCCGCCGCCGCGCACCGAUAG